AUGGUCGGUAAUAUUGUUCUAUUGCCAUUAAAUACCAAGUUCAGAGGUCCUGCCUAUCCUGCCAACGCUGACUAUGAUAUUAUCGACGAAUGCCUUGACCUAUUUCGUGCCAAUUCCUUCUUCAAGAACUUUGAGAUCAAAUCGCCGGCUGAUAGAGUGCUGAUCUAUGGUAUUUUGUUCAUCAACGAGUGUUUGUCCAGUUUAAGGCCAACCACAAGCUUCAAUGAGGCCGUCAAAAUAUUAACAAACGUGGCUCUCGACAACUUUUCGCUUCCUGGCACGCCAGGCUUUCCUCUGAACACCGUUUACUCGGUGCCUCUUUCUGAUCACAACGCCAUGGAGCUGUUACGAACCUACAUACAACAAUUCCGCCAGGAGCUAGCCAUGAGACUGCUCGAUAGAGUAUACAGAGACUCUAAGGAAAAUCCCUCGAAGUUCUGGCUGGCGUUUACCAGAAGGAAAUUUAUGAACAAGUCGCUUUAG